UAAUAAUAUAGGUGAGCCCACACGCAACCCUUUUCUCUCUCUGUCUCUCUCCAAAUCCUCAUAAUACAAAUACAUUAUCUUCCUCUCCCCGUGUUUCUCUCUCUUCUCUGCAACCCAGAGAAAUAGCCUUCACGUUAAUCAAAGUCGCGUAUUUUCACUUCCUAAGGCUAGUGCUCUUUGCGCGUGUCCCGUUCUCUUCUCCAAUCCUCCACAGAUACCUUAAUAUAUCCAACUUUGUAAGUAGAUUUUUUUUUUUUUUUAAAAAAAAAAGAAAAUUUACCUUAUACAUAUAGCCAAUGGAGGUCAAGCUAUGGAACGACAAGCGCGAGAGAGAAAUGUACGAGAACUUUGCUGAGCUCUAUGCCAUAAUCAAAGCCACAGAGAAACUUGAAAAGGCCUAUAUUCGUGACAUCAUCCCCUCAUCUGAGUAUGAAACAGAAUGCCAGAAGCUUAUUGCCCAUUUCAAGACAUUAGCGUCUACUCUGAAAGACAUAGUUCCUAGCAUUGAGCGCUUUGCAGACACAUACAAGAUGGAUUGUCCUGCUGCCAUAAACCGUUUAGUGACCUCUGGGGUGCCUGCCACAGUGGAACACCGGGCUGCUGCAGCUGCCUCAGCAACUACCUCGGCUGCCAUUGUGGCAGAGUGUGUCCAGAACUUUAUUACUGCUAUGGAUUCCUUGAAACUGAAUAUGGUGGCAGUGGAUCAGGUGCACCCAUUGCUCUCAGACCUCUCAGCUUCACUUAAUAAGUUGAGUAUUUUACCACCAGACUUUGAGGGGAAGACAAAGAUGAAAGAGUGGAUUUCUAGGCUUUCUAAGAUGGGGGCAGCAGAUGAGUUGACAGAGCAGCAGGCUCGGCAACUGCACUUUGAUCUCGAGUCCUCAUACAAUUCUUUUAUGGCGGCUUUGCCCAGUGCUGGUACUUGAAUGAUUUUGGUGGCUUGUAAAUAAAUGGGCAAAGUCAUUUGUUUCGGGUUAUUUAAUAGUCUUGUUUGUUGCCGCAACUUGGUAGAACCUCAGUGAUGAGUUAGAAGAAUUACUAAUUUUGUAACAGCUUUUAUACAUUUUGGGAUGGCUGAAGCAUUGAAUUGAGUUUAUUUGUUGUGUUAUGCUGUGUAAA